GCCCCACAAGUGGAAGUCUGGCCCUGGGGUGCCGGCUGGCUUGUGGGGUGCUCGCUGGGCUGGUCAGGGGGGUCCCCGGCGGCAGCCUUCCCUCCUGCGCCUGCUGCGCCCCCUCUUUCGCUGUGUGUCUUCCCCCCAGGGAGCCCAGGAUGGUGAGGUGGUUUCACCGCGACCUCGGCGGGCUGGAGGCCGAGGCCCUGCUCAAAACUCGGGGUGUCAAUGGGAGUUUCCUCGCACGGCCCAGCCGCAAAAACCAGGGUGACUUCUCCCUCUCGGUGAGGGUGGACGACCAGGUGACGCACAUCCGCAUCCAGAACUCGGGGGACUUCUACGACCUGUACGGCGGGGAGAAGUUCGCCACGCUCACCGAGCUCGUGGAGUUCUACACGCAGCAGCAGGGCGUGCUGCAGGACCGCGACGGCACCGUGAUCCAGCUCAAGUACCCGCUCAACUGCUCCGACCCCACCAGCGAGCGGUGGUACCACGGCCACCUGUCAGGAGCGCAGGCCGAGGCGCUGCUGCAGGCCAAGGGCGAGCCCUGGACCUUCCUGGUGAGGGAGAGCCUGAGCCAGCCCGGCGACUUCGUGCUGUCCGUGCUCAGCGACCAGCCCAAGGCCGGCCCUGAGUCCCCGAUCAGGGUCACGCACAUCAAGAUCAUGUGUCAGGGAGGACGCUACACGGUGGGCGGCGCAGAAACCUUUGACAGCCUGGCGGACCUGGUGGAGCACUUCAAGAAGGUGGGCAUCGAGGAAGCCUCGGGAGCCUUCGUGUACCUGCGGCAGCCUUACUACGCCACGCGGGUGAACGCAGCCGACAUCGAGAACCGCGUGCUGGAGCUGAACAAAAAGCAGGAGUCGGAGGAGACGGCCAAGGCGGGCUUCUGGGAGGAGUUCGAGAGUCUGCAGAAGCAGGAGGUGAAGAACUUGCACCAGAGACUGGAGGGCCAACGGCCGGAAAAUAAGAGCAAGAAUCGCUACAAGAACAUUCUCCCCUUCGACCACAGCCGCGUGAUCUUGCGGGGAAGGGACAGCAGCGUCCCGGGCUCGGAUUACAUCAACGCCAACUACGUGAAGAACCAGCUGCUGGGCCCGGACGAGAACGGGAAGACCUACAUCGCCAGCCAGGGCUGCCUGGAGGCCACGGUGACCGACUUCUGGCAGAUGAUCUGGCAGGAGAACACGCGCGUCAUCGUCAUGACCACGCGGGAGGUGGAGAAAGGCCGGAACAAGUGCGUCCCCUACUGGCCGGAGGCGGGCACGCAGCGCGUCUACGGCCUCUACUCCGUGGCCAACUGCGAGGAGCAGGACACGGCUGAGUACAAGCUGCGGACGCUGCGGGUGUCGCCGCUGGACAACGGGGAGCUGGUCCGGGAGAUCUGGCACUAUCAGUACCUGAGCUGGCCCGACCACGGCGUGCCCAGCGAGCCUGGCGGCGUCCUGAGCUUCCUGGACCAGAUCAACCAGCGGCAGGAGAGCCUGCCCCACGCGGGGCCCGUCAUCGUUCACUGCAGCGCUGGCAUUGGCCGAACUGGCACAAUCAUCGUCAUCGACAUGCUGAUGGAGAGCAUCACCACCAAGGGGCUGGACUGUGACAUCGACAUCCAGAAGACCAUUCAGAUGGUGCGCGCGCAGCGCUCGGGCAUGGUGCAGACCGAGGCCCAGUACAAGUUCAUCUAUGUGGCCAUCGCGCAGUUCAUCGACACCACCAAGAAGAAGCUGGAGGUGAUCCAGUCCCGCAAAGGCCUGGAGUCGGAAUAUGGGAACAUCACCUACCCGCCCGCCAUGAAAAGCGCCCACACCACCGCCUCGCGCACCUCCUCCAGACACAGGGAAGAUGUGUACGAGAACCUGGACCGGAAGACGAAGAAGGAGGAGAAAAUGAAGAAGCAGCGGUCAGCCGACAAGGAGAAGAGCAAGGGGUCUCUCAAGAGGAAGUGAGCCGCGCGCACUUCCUGUGGCCACGCCCCCAGGCCCGUUCCCUGUCAGCCCUGAAGAGGCCCAAGCUGGAAGCUGGGGACCCUCUGGCCCAUCUGAUUGUAAUUUAAAUCACUGUGCCCCCCAAAUUUGUACAUAGAGCUCACCAAGGCCCCAGGCAGGGCCCCCCUCUUCUUCUUGUAAAUAAAGACCCCUGUGUGGCCCCUUGAACUGGC